GAGCGGCUCGUUGUGUGGAUCCAAUGAGAUCACGCCGCGUUCAGGGCCCGGUGUCCAGAACGAGCCGGUGACUGCGAGAGGGAGCGAUAGAGAGCCGCUGGAGUGUGAGCAUAAAUUGCAGUCGGCUCAUGAGUCUCAGAAAAAACUGCUAAGAGAGGAUAAGCUAGUUGUAUGAGCCUGUGUAUUAUUUACCUAAUACCUGUCAGAAACAGUCACUUGUACUGCUCGUUUAAGUUAACUAACUUAACUAAUUCAUCUAACCAAGCUCCCAUAUAAAAGUUCUGCUGUUCACGGUGACAAUGAGGGAAAAGCUGCCGUUAUGGGUGCUGUUUUGCCUUGCUUUAGCACACCUGCCUUCUCCAACAGCUUCUGUUGCUGUAAUGUCUGUCGACCUGGGAAGCGAAUGGAUGAAAAUAGCUAUAGUUAAACCUGGAGUGCCAAUGGAAAUUGUUCUAAACAAAGAGUCUAGAAGGAAAACUCCAGUUGCCGUGUGCUUAAAAGAAAAUGAAAGACUGUUUGGAGACGGGGCUUUGGGAGUGUCUGUGAAGAAUCCCAAAGUGGUCUACAGAUAUAUCCAGAACCUCCUGGGGAAGACAGCUGAAAACCCACAGGUUGCGCAGUACCAGAAACAUUUUCCUGAGCACCAGAUUGUGAAAGAUGAAAAGAGAGGAACAGUGUAUUUCAAGUAUUCAGAAGAGAUGCAGUAUUCUCCAGUGGAAAUCUUGGGCAUGGUUCUGAACUACUCUUCUGGUCUGGCUCAGGAUUUUGCAGAACAGCCUAUUAAAGAUGCAGUGAUCACCGUCCCAGCCUUUUUUAACCAGGCAGAACGUAGGGCAGUUCUACAGGCUGCUCAGAUGGCAGGUUUGAAGGUCCUUCAGUUGAUUAAUGACAACACAGCUGUGGCUUUGAACUAUGGAGUCUUCAGGAGGAAAGAUAUCAACUCUACUGCCCAGAAUGUGAUGUUCUAUGACAUGGGAUCUGGCAGCACAACGGCCACAGUUGUCACUUACCAGACGGUGAAGACCAAAGAGUCUGGCACCCAACCUCAGCUGCAGAUCCGUGGAGUCGGCUUUGAUAGGACACUGGGAGGAUUUGAGAUGGAGCUGAGACUGAGAGACCACCUGGCUAAACUCUUUAAUGAGCAGAAGAAAUCUACAAAGGAUGUGCGGGAGAACCUGCGUGCCAUGGCCAAGCUGCUGAAGGAGGCUCAGAGGCUCAAGACUGUGCUGAGUGCCAAUGCUGAACAUGUAGCUCAGAUUGAGGGGUUGAUGGAUGACAUUGACUUCAAGGCAAAGGUGACUCGUGCUGAGUUUGAGGCUCUGUGUCCUGAUCUGUUUGAGAGAGUGCCUGGGCCAGUACAGCAGGCACUAGCUUCUUCUGAGAUGUCUAUGGAUGAGAUUGAACAGGUCAUAUUGGUUGGAGGAGCCACUCGAGUUCCCAAGGUUCAGGAAGUCCUCCUUAAAGCAGUGGGAAGAGAGGAGCUGGCGAAGAAUAUAAAUGCUGAUGAGGCAGCAGCUAUGGGUGCAGUGUACCAGGCUGCAGCUCUCAGUAAAGCAUUUAAAGUGAAGCCCUUCCUGGUCCGAGAUGCAGCUGUUUUCCCAGUACAGGUGGAGUUCAGCCGUGAGACUGAAGAAGAGGAUGGUGUGAAGGGAGUUAAGCACAACAAACGCAUCCUGUUUCAGAGAAUGGCACCUUACCCCCAGCGCAAAGUCAUCACCUUCAACCGUUACAAUGACGACUUUGAUUUUUACAUCAACUAUGGGGAUCUCAGCUUCCUAAGCCAGGAUGAUCUGAAGAUGUUUGGCUCUCAGAACCUGACAACGGUCAAGCUCUCUGGAGUGGGAAACAGCUUCAAGAAGAACUCUGACGCGGAGUCUAAAGGAAUCAAGGCUCAUUUCAACAUGGAUGAGAGUGGUGUGCUCAUUCUUGACAGGGUGGAGUCUGUGUUUGAAACUAUUGUAGAGGAGAAGGAAGAAGAAUCAACUCUGACAAAACUGGGGAACACCAUUUCCAGUCUUUUUGGAGGUGGGAGCUCCGAGCCCAGUGCCAAUGUGACUGAACCCGUGCAGGAUGAGGAGGAGGUGCCUCCUGAAUCUGGCAAAGAUCAGGAUGAACCAGUGGAGAAGCCAGACGAGUCUGCGAAGGAGAAACCUGACACAGAGGAGAAAACCGAAGAAGAGCCUCAGACUGAGGAGAAGAAACCAGAUAAAGAAGGCUCUGACAAAGAACAGCCUGAGGAAGAAAAGGAGGCAGAGAAAGCUGAAAAGACUGAUGAAGUUAAAACAAAUGGCGCACAAGAGGAGGAGAAGGAGGCAGAGAAGAAAGCCAAACCUCAAAAGAAGAGCAAAAUAUCUGUCGAUAUUGGAGUGGACCUAGAGGUUAAUGAUGUGCUUGAUCCCAGUUUGGAAGACAUUGUUGCCUCCAGAAAGAAGCUACAGGAUCUGACCAACCGUGAUCUGGAGAAACAGGAGAGGGAGAAGACCCUGAACAGCCUGGAGGCAUUCAUCUUUGAGACUCAGGAUAAGCUUUACCAGGACGAGUACCAGGCUGUGGUCACCGAAGAGGAGAAGGAGGAUAUUUCUGCAAAGUUGAGCGCCGCAUCGUCGUGGAUGGAUGAAGAGGGCUACACAGCAGGCACCAAAGAACUGAAGGAAAAACUGUCUGAGUUGAAGAAGCUGUGUAAGGCCAUGUUUUUUCGCGUGGAGGAGAGGAAAAAGUGGCCGGACAGGCUAGCAGCGCUUGACAGCAUGCUCAACCACUCCACAAUCUUUCUGAAGAGUGCUAAAAUGAUUCCAGAAGAUGACCAGAUUUUUACCGAAGUUGAACUGAAGACCCUGGAGAAAGUUAUCAAUGAAACUACGGACUGGAAGAAUGAGACUGUUGCUGAGCAGGAAAAACGAUCCCCUACAGAGAAACCUGUUCUGCUUUCUAAAGAAAUUGAGGCCAAACUCUCACUCCUGGACCGGGAGGUCAACUACCUGCUAAACAAGGCUAAAUUUGCCAAGCCUAAGCCCAAACCAAAACCUAAAGACAAGAACUCCACCAGCACAGAAAGCAACAAAACCAGCAGUGCAGACUCUGAGAAAGUCAUCCCUCCGAAGAAUGAGACAGAGGGAGUCGAGGAGGCAAUACCAGCAGAAGAACCCCCUACUGAGGAGAAUACAAAUGAAGAGCCAGAGACUGAGCAAAAAGUAGUAGAAGAAACGGAAGGCACAGAAACAUCGGACAAGAGUAAUUCAGAAGACCACAUAUCGGAUGAAUUAUAACAACUGGAACUCUUGAGAUAUUUUGUUGUCUAUUUAUUGACUGUGUUAAAGUUUCAAAUCUGCUUCCGUUUCUUUUCUCCCAGCACCACAACAACCAUGUACCAUCAGUUCAGCUUAGAUCAUGUCGACAUUUUCAGUUGUAAGUCAUGUUCUCUAUUUAAGUGCAAACUGACUGAAAUCUAGAGGCCGUUCCAGGAAAGCUUGAGAAAGAUGAAAUUUUGAGUUAUGCUUCAUCCUGCCGAGCUGUGAAAUGUGCAGACAGCUAGCUUUCCUCUGCUUUCUUUCAAUAUAUCAAUGCCCAUGUUCGUCUCUCUCAACAACCACAGAGGAAUGAUCUCACACCCUGGAAUGUUCUCAUUAUCUUCGUAAAUAUUUUAACCCUUUUUUUCUUGGUUAAAGUCUAGAAUUUCACUGGAAAGCUAAUGGCAAAAUUUGAAAUUACAGUAACAGGUACACAACAAGUAGCACUAUGAAUUUUCUAAAGACUGGUUAAGGCACUAUUGAAAACCCUCAAAGGACUAUAUGGCUCAUGUUUAUUUCAGUAUUCAGUCUGCUCAUAAGACUGCACUCUCUGCAAUCUCUAUUUACUGAAGUCCCCCAUACGUGCUGUUUAUGUUAAAAUAUGUGAAACUUGGAACAUUCUCCUUUUUUUUUUACUGCACUGACUUUCAAGAUUUUUUUCCUUUUUUUUUUUUUUACUUUACACCUUUUUGCUGUACAAGGAAGAAAAAGUACAAUUCCUUUCUUCCUUCCCUCCUGUUCAUCAUUUCAUUUCACCAUUUCAUUGUCCUUGUGUUGCCAGUCUGUUGGGGAAAGAGUAUCUAAUGUCUGGGAAAGGGAUAUUUUGUUUCUGAACUGUUAAUAAAAUCUUUUUUUAAAAAACAAAAA